AUGUCGAUCUGGGAUGCCCUGACAGGACGCAAGUCCUCGCAAACCUCGCAACCAGCAGCGCCCGCUGCUCCUGCUCCUGCGCCCCCUUCCACCCCGUCUCCCUCUCCAUCCCCCCUCCAGCCCUUCGACCCCACGACCGCUCAAGGCGUCGAGUCCUUCCUGACUCCCUCCUCCUUCGCCGACCCGACACAACUACACCCGCUGGCCGGCCUUAACAAAGACACGUUAGAAUACAUUACCCUCGAGGACUCGGCGCUUUCCGAUCUUCCUGGCUCCCAGUCCGUUCUGCCCUCGCGUGGCUUCACGGACGAUCUCUGCUACGGUACUGGCACAACAUACCUCAUCGGUCUGACCAUAGGUGGCGCGUGGGGUUUGCAGGAGGGCCUGAAGCGGUCGGUUGACCAGCCGCCGAAGCUGCGGUUGAACUCGGUGCUCAACUCAGUGACAAGGCGGGGUCCGUUCCUGGGUAACUCGGCGGGUGUAGUGGCGAUUGUUUACAACUGCAUCAAUUCAUACCUGGGGCAUCUUCGGGGCAAGAACGAUGCCGCUAACACCAUUCUGGCUGGUGUCUUGAGCGGUAUUAUUUUCAAGAGCACGAAGGGUCCCAGGCAGAUGUUGAUUUCGGGCGGUAUUGUGGGAACGGUUGCCGGCUGCUGGGCGAUCUUCCGCUCUGCCUUCGUCAGCGCCAAACAGCGCAAGCAGGAGCUUGCCUCUCUCUAA